AUGGGCUCAGCCUGGCGACCGGACCUUCUACCCGUCGCUGCGAGAGGUGGAACGACAUGCAUGUCGACAAAUGGCCGGCUUGCGAUUGGCUCGUCGAGGCGUCGCCGUCAGACCAAGGCUGUGAGGGAAGAGAGGUCAGGCUCGUGUGGAAAUGAGCUUUAUUUUAAUAAAAUAAGAGGAUAUAUGGUCCAUGGGGGAGGGGGGGAGGAGGUGGUAAAUGGCAAAAGAGCCACCUCAAAUGUGUCAUCAGCUCGUCGACGUUCAACGGCGGUACCGGAGCUGACGACUGCUUCGUCUGGGCGAGGUGGGAAGAAAAAUUAUGUACCGAAAAAUCUGGCAAGAAAUGCUGAAACAAACGGGCUUGAGGCGAAUGUCGCCUCCAAAGUGCUCCUCAAAAAUAGGCGCCAAAACGGCAGACUAACAGUCGAGUGCACAAAGACAGAAACAGCGACCUUCUCGAAGAAGAUUACUCCUCUUCGCGGUCUUCUCCCAUCGAGCCGGGUCGCUGGACGGUUUGCGGAGCACUUUCUGGAGAGGCUUGGUCGAAACAAGGAAAUGCGUCUGGCGAGCAAGAAGAUCUUCUCCACGAAGCUGCCUCUUCACGUGGCUCGCCUCACAGCCCACAUUCACUAA